UGCGCAGGCGCCCAACCCUCUCGUCGCGCGCACGGGCGGUAGUGCGCGCGCUGGUCACGUGAGGGCGGCGGCGGCGGCGGCGCCGGGUUUUCCUCAGGCUCCGAUAAAGAUGUCAGGCUGCCAAGUUCCUCGUAAUUUUUGUUUGCUGGAAGAGCUUGAAGAAGGCCAAAAAGGAGUAGGUGAUGGGACAGUGAGCUGGGGCCUCGAGGAUGAUGAAGAUAUGACACUCACACGAUGGACAGGAAUGAUUAUUGGGCCACCCAGGACUUGCUUUGAAAACAGAAUAUACAGCCUGAAAAUAGAGUGUGGAAGUAAAUAUCCAGAGGUAGCUCCAACUGUUAGAUUUGUAACAAAAAUAAAUAUGAAUGGAAUCAAUAAUUCCAAUGGAAUGGUGGAUUCACGUAGCAUACCAGUUCUAUCAAAGUGGCAAAAUUCCUAUAGUAUUAAGGCUGUACUUCAAGACCUACGGCGUAUGAUGACGUGCAAAGAGAAUGUGAAGAUUUCACAGCCCCCUGAAGGACAAACUUACAGCAAUUAAUUAUAAUUGAUCCAAAAUCACUCUUCGAAACCUCACUUCUUGCUAUCAAUUUUCCACAAUAAUAACUAUCCACAAAAAUAGAUCUAGAUAUCUGUAAGUCUUGAAAUGUAUGCCCACAGUGAUGUUCCAAGCAAGAUAAAUUCAGAAGUGGGGCAGAGUAGCUUUAUUACUCUCAUCAAGUCAAUGAUAUUGGUGAUACAAAAGCAACUUAGAAUCUAUACAUUUACAUUGAUGGGGCAGAGAUAAAAAUGAGUGAAACCAAGUCAUUUAUUGCUUGAUCAUAGAUGUUAUGCAAGAUAAUUGGUUAAUAAAGGCAGUAGUUGGUGUAUAUAAUAGCAUGUUCUGGAACUUCUCGAUGAAAGAGAGCUGUAUUACAAUUUAGGUUGUCAUGUAUGUUAUGCAAACAAAGCUCAAGAAUUGUUGAAAGUUUUUGCUCAUUAUUUUGCUGCUGUUUAAUUGUAAUGUCAGUGUGUUGAGGAUUGUUUUAAUAUUUGUAUUUAUGGAAAUUACUUUCUGAUAAGCAGCUCAGUGUAUCAAGUAUAUUGCAUUUGUUUACAGUAUGGUUCUGCCACAACAUGCAUUCGAAAUUGCGAGAAGAGUAUCGGUGUAUAGUUAGGACUUGCUAAGAUUAAAGUUAGUAUUGAAGAUGUGAAUAAGAUGCAGUGAGAUUUUAUUUCCUUCUGUGGAUUGGGUAAUUGUUUGACCAAAUGUUUUAAAGUUAGUGGCAACAUAAUUCGGAUAGUUACAGUUUCAGAACACUUUAUUGGUGUCAUGUUGGGGGGGGGGGGGAGGAGAGGGAAUAAAACUAAUCAACUUUUUUUUAAAAAUAUUGUUCCCAGAGGGACAAAUUGUCUGAUUAGCUAAAAAAAAACUAGGCUGAGUUUUCCUUGAAUCCUGUAAAGUAAUACAUUUCUCAGACUAAAAGCUGCUAAUGAUCUUGUCAAAAGAAAAUCGGGUAAUAUUGUCUGAAGUUUACUUUCUUGUGAGGCUUUCCAUUGAAGUUUAUGACAAAACUUAAAGUGGCUGCAUUCAUUUAAUAAAUAGUAAAAUUUAAAAGAG